UCCCCAACCACACCAAAAAAAUCCGCAGCAGCCAGCAGCCCAGCGGAAAAUAGAAAAAGAGAACCCCCCGCAGCAACACAGGAAGAAUAAUCCAUUCGCCUUGCUUGCGCCUCCCGUCUGCGUGCGAUCGACGCAGAGAGGCGCGGGCGCUCACCGCCACCGCCACCCCCCCGUCUCCGAUCCGAUGGCCUUCAUGCGCUCGCACUCAAAUGCAUCUUCCGGCAUGGGAGUUGCUCCUAACAUCAGGGAGACAUUCGUCGAGCUUCAGAUGAAGAAGGCGUUCCGAUAUGUUAUCUUCAAAAUUGAGGAAAAGCAAAAGCAGGUGGUUGUCGAGAAGACCGGCGCUACUACUGAAAGCUACGAUGACUUUUUGGCCUCCCUCCCAGAAAAUGACUGCAGAUACGCUCUGUAUGAUUUUGACUUCGUCACGGGGGAGAACGUGCAGAAAAGCAAGAUCUUUUUCAUUGCCUGGUCCCCAUCGACUUCCCGCAUUCGUGCAAAGAUGCUGUACUCCACCUCCAAGGACCGCAUCAAGCAUGAGCUUGAUGGGUUCCACUACGAGAUCCAGGCAACCGACCCAUCAGAGGUGGACAUCGAAGUCCUCAGGGAGCGGGCUCACUGAAGCUGGUUUACCUAUGAAGGGACCUGUGGAGGGCCUUGGAACUUCAGCCAGAUUCAAGUUCUAUAUUCAAUGAUGCUCCUGCCAUGGUAUUUGUUAAUAAGUUCCUGUAAGCGUAUGAUUUAGUCGCGAUGCAUGACCCUAGCUGGUGAAGCGCUAUCGAUGGUCUUUCUGUAUGAGAUCUUGUGCCUGUAAACGAAGCAACAUUUGCAACUCAUGGUAUUGUGGUAAUGAUACUGGAAGUACUAGUUGUGGAUUGCUUGGAAAUGGCCUGGUUGGUCCGAUCUUCUUA